AUGCCAGCCAUCCUGGCGGCCUCUAACAUGAAGUCAGGACUCCCAAAACCCAGGCCGGUGCACAGCGCCCGGCCCAUCCCCCAGAUCGCUGCCAGGCCGUCGGCACUUGCCCUGCCCACGGCUCCCUUCAAGCCCCCCCAUGGCCCCACUGCCACCCCAAGUCCGCAGGUGGCCUGGACGGCACCGAGGACACGCGCUCCGCUGUGUGAGGGUGCAGGAGAUGCUCAGAUCUACACGGACUGGGCCAACCACUACCUUGCCAAGUCAGGACACAAGCGUCUGAUCAAGGACCUUCAGACGGACGUCACAGACGGAGUUCUGCUGGCUGAGAUCAUACAGGUUGUCGCCAAUGAGAAGAUUGACGACAUCAAUGGCUGCCCCAAGAGCCGCUCUCAGAUGAUUGAAAACAUUGAUGCCUGCCUCAGUUUCCUGGCAGCGAAAGGAGUCAACAUCCAGGGUCUGUCUGCUGAGGAAAUUCGGAAUGGGAAUCUGAAAGCAAUCCUAGGGCUCUUCUUCAGUCUGUCCCGCUACAAGCAGCAGCAACAGCAGCCCCACCGCCAAACCUCGCAUCUCCAGAGCACACACCCUCCCUUGAGCCAGCAGAGCAGUGCCCCGGCCCAGCUCGGCCACUCUCCGCAUGGGACUCCUGCCCCGACAGCCCACGCUCAGAAAGCAGCACAGGCCGAGAUGCAGUCCAGGGUUGGUUCUCAGAGUAAACUACUCAAAUUUUCCCUGGGUCAGAAAAAGUCUUCUAGGCUUCCCGGCCCUUCAGCAAGGGUGUCCGCUGUUGGCGGUGACAUCACUCCUAGAGGCGGAGUCAGCGCCCCCAGCAACAGACGCAGCCAGGGCUUCACUGACAAGACCAAAGCCACCGGGCAACUACACAAAGAGUCCUCAGAGGGCAUGACCUCACAGCCUUCGGCAAUGACUGAGCACCCGUUGCUGUCCUCAGCAACUGUUUGCACCUCUGCCAGUGUUCCUUCCUCUACCUCUGGCCUGAUUCCUCCUCCUUCAUCUUCCUCUUCAUCAGCCAUUCCCCAGCCUAACUCCAACAGCAAGCCCUGGAGGAGCAAGUCCAUGAGUUCCAAGCACACCACCUCCUCUUUUUCCCCGUCCGUGACCGCCACCAGCUCCCCCGCCUCUGCCCCACUCUCGGUAAAGCCAGAGAAAGAGAGCUCCUCGAAGGCUGCUCCACCAACCGAAGCCCCUCCUAAGAUGGUCGGUCAGAAGUCGAUGCUGGAGAAGCUCAAACUCUUCAACAGCAAAGGGGGAUCCAAGUCUUCGUCCUCCUCCUCCAAUGGAGCAGGGGCCCAGACAGACUGUGCAGCCUCAGCCAAGCAGCUCGGAGCGGGGCCAGUGGAAAGGGCCGAGGCUGGCUCCAACACUGACCCUCUGGAGGAAGCCGAUGGGAAUGUCCGGCCGGGGAUGAAUGGAACCAGCAAUGGGACAGCCCAUGGGGCGGCUGCCUCAACGGGGCCCACUGUUGCCACAACAACAAGCAGCCCUAAGAUUGCCCUGAGAGGCAUCGCCCAGCGCACCUUUAGCAGAGCUCUGACUGCCAAGAAGAACUCGACGAAAGGCCCGGAGAAAGACAAGGACAAGGAGCGGGUGAAAGAGAAAGAGGAGAGAGGGAAGGAGGUUGGUAAGCGCACCUCGGUCCCAGAGAGGGUGGAGCUCAGGGGGGAGGAGCCUAAGGAGGAAGUAGCUACAGUUACCACAGAAAUGGACAGUUCCAAUAAGAGGACCUCAAAAAUUGCCAGCUUCAUUCCCAAGGGGGGUAAAGUGGCCAAAAAGGAAAGUUCCACCCCAGCACACAGCGGAAUACCAAAGCCAGGGGGCAAAGCCCCAGGAGUCGUGGGAAAAGUCUCCUCGGCGGGAGCUAAGGAAGUUGGGGAGAGGCCCAGGAGCAUGCGGUUAGGAGGGGGUCUUGCCAUGCACCGCAGUCCCCUAGACAGAGAGCGAGACAGGGACAGCAGACACUCCAGUUCUACCUCUAGUCUGGCCUCCACCGAAGGCAAAGCCUCACAAGCCCACGGCUCCACCCCUCCACCUGUAGCUGGAGGAGGAGCUACGCAGAGCACAGCAAGCAACACGGUCAGUGUGCAACUACCUCAAAACCAACAACACCACAGCCACCCAAACACCGCGACAGUCGCACCUUUCAUGUACAGAUCUCAAACCGAAGGUGACGGUACCGUGAACGCAGAGACGGGCUCAGGAGGAAGGGGCGGAGAGGUCCCCUUUAGCAAGAACAGCCAGCCAACCAUUGAGGAGCUUUCAGGUGAAGAUCCUGAGACAAGGCGACUGCGUACCGUUAAGAACAUAGCAGACCUGCGGCAGAACCUGGAGGAAACCAUGUCCAGUCUACGGGGCACUCAGGUCUCACACAGCACCUUGGAAACUACCUUUGAUGGAAGUGUCACCACAGAGGUCAACAGCAGCGGCAGUGGCAGUGGAGUUGGUGGCAUUUCCAGCGGAGGGGGGCGGAGCAUCCUCAGCCUCACGUCCUCCCGCCCCUCCCUGUCGUCGUGGCGACUUGGCCAGUCUAGCCCACGUCUCCAGGCAGGUGAUGCGCCCUCCAUCGGGAAUGGGUAUGGGGGCAGGGUGGCGGCAGGCCAGGGAGGGCGCUAUGUCUACCCAGGUCCCCUCAGGCGCCAGCUAGCCGGCAGAGGUGGAGCUCUCUGCAGCGUAGAACUGGGUGACCGAGCCGGAGAAGACAUUGAGCUGGAGGGGAUCGCCGUGGAGGUCACGGGAUACAUGAGUGAUGGAGACGUGCUCAGCAAGAACGUGACGCGCACUGAUGAUGUCGCGAGUGGUUACAUGACUGACGGAGGGCUGGGUCUGUACACCAGGCGACUCAACCGACUCCCUGACAGCAUGGGUGCCGUCCGAGAAACACUCCAACGAAACACUUCCUCAGGACAAGGGGACGCUGACAGCUGGGAUGACAGCAGCUCCGUGAGCAGUGGUAUCAGCGACAACAUUGACACUGAUGACAUCAACACAAGUUCCUCCAUCUCCUCCUAUGCCAACACACCCGCUGCACAGCGCAAGGCCCUCAAUGGACAGCCUGUGACAGAUGCUGAGAAGCACUCGGCUGUGAACGAGGCGUGGCCGGGUGAGGAGGUGAAGCGGUCGGACGGAGGGUCAGACAGCGGGGUCAGGAUGGAGCCCGGCUCCAAGUGGAGCCGCCGGAACCCCUCCGACAUCUCCGAUGAGUCUGACAAGGGCUGCUCAGGGCGGAAGGCCCCCUCCGUGUCACAUACAGGCUCCUGGCGCAGAGGCAUGAGCACUCAGGUGGGGGUGACAUCACCCCGAACUAAAAGUACCAGCAGCACAGGAUCCACCAGCUCUGUCACCAUCAAGACUCACAGCACAGGUAAAACAGACGACGUGAAGGUGUCAGAAAAGGGCCGUCUCUCUCCUCGCUCCAAUGGCCUCCAUCGCUCUCCCUCAGACGCGGGACGCAGCAGCGGUGACGAGGCAAAGAAACAAGCACGCAUUGCAACCACACACGCCAUCCCGGACACUCACGCCCAGACACACACGCUUGCCUCACGAACCCCAACCAGCACCUUCGGCUUCAAGAAGCAGGGGGGGUCUGGGAUGGUUACUAUGGUGACCGCCAGUGGAGCAACCAUCACAAGUGGCUCAGCGACCCUUGGGAAGAUGCCUAAAUCAGGUGCACGAGGUCUGGUGGGGGGACUGAAGGCUGGUGGGCAUGACAUGGGGUCUGCUAUGGGUCACCAUGAUGACGGGUUCCUUCCUGCAAGUGCCCGCUCCACGCUGCAGUACCGCAGCCUGCCCCGACCGAGUCGCUCAGGAGCCACUGCCCGAAAUGGAAAUCGCUCGUCCACUAGCAGCAUUGAGGCAGCGGUGCUCUCCGUUACCUCGAAGAACUCUGUCAACAUCACCAAGGUUAAUGGCUCUGGGAUUGGAGCCCUCCCGGCCAAUCAGACAGACCGAGAGAAGGGCGUGACGGAACUCGAUAACCUCAGGAGCACAGUGGGGAUGCAGAGUGGGGGGGCAGCAACCGUGCCACUAACAGGGAGACAACAGGUGUCUUCUCCUACACUACGCAGGUUGUUCGGAGGGAAGCCCAAUAAACAGGCACCAGUCACCACAGCUGAAAACAUGAAGAACUCCACCGUCAUCUCCAACCCGCACGCUACCAUGAGCCAGGUAGCCACUGUGCUGGAGUCCCCAGGAGGAGGGCUGGCAGGCGGAGACAGUGAGACCAACAGCCCGCUAUUCGGAGGCAGAGCUCUGGUCUCCGGCACUGGAACCCUGGGCAGUGAGCCGGCCUCCAGCCCAGGCUCUGUCUAUUCCUCUACUGGCCCCUCCAACAGCCUGACGUGGGGCACCACCUUCAGCAGCUCCUCUGCCCAGAGCAGGGAGGGCACGCUGGGCGGGCACGGUGGGACAGGAAGCCUGGGCUACCCCUCCGUCAGCAGCAUGCACACCAGCAGCGAGUCCAUCGACAUGAGCCUGGGCAGCGCAGGGGGCGGGGGAGUGGGUGGAGGAGCGCAUCGCGAGGACACCCUGUCUGCCCUGGGCCGCACAGGCAGCAUCAAGACGGGCAUGUUGGAGAGUCCCCUCUCCUCCCCCUCAGCUAGCCCUAAAUUCAGCCGAAACACGUUACCUCGGAAACAGGACAGCGGGCCACACUGUGGUAGAAACACUCUGCCUAAGAAAGGAAUCAGGUAUGCUCCGUCUUCCCAGCUGCGAGGUCACGAGGACGCACGUGAUUGGCUACGUUCCCACUCCACCAGCGGUCUGCAGGACUCAGCCAGCAACUCACCCUUCUCCCCCGGCUCCAGCCUCACCUCCCCCUCUGGUACGCGCUUCAACUUCGCGCAGCUCGCCUCCAGUCCCACUUCAGCAAAUCAGAUCACCCUAGCCGGUCUGCGCAACAACAGCCUGACCAAUCAGGAUGUCUCAUUUGACCCAUGCGGCGACACCCGCCUGAGGAACUCCUGCAUGUCGCUGGAUGAGAAGACUCGCACCAUGAGCCGCUCUGGGUCCUUCAGAGACGGCUUUGAGGAGGUCCACGGGUCAUCACUGUCUCUGGUCUCCAGCACUUCUUCCAUUUAUUCCACGAAUGAAGAGAAGUCUCAGUCUGAGAUCCGUAAGUUGCGUCGAGAACUGGACGCCUCCCAGGAGAAGGUUUCUGCACUGACUACACAGCUGAGUGCCAAUGCUCACCUGGUGGCUGCAUUUGAACAGAGUCUGGGCAACAUGACCAUCAGACUGAAGAGCCUCACCAUGACCGCAGAGCAGAAGGACUCUGAGCUGAACGAGCUGAGGAAAACUAUCGAGCUGCUGAAGAAGCAGAACGCCGUGGCUCAGGCCGCCAUUAAUGGAGUCAUCAACACACCUGAGCUCACACCCAAAGCCGAAAGGACAGGUGGCAGUAAUGGCAGCCCACAGCAGCAGCAGCCUGACUUGCGCAUUCGAAGGCAGCACUCCUCAGACAGCGUUAGCAGCAUCGCCAGCGCCACCAGUCACUCCAGUGUGGGCUCCAACAUGGACACUGACGCAAAGAACAAGAAGAGGAACAAGAAGAACUGGCUGCGGAGCUCCUUUAAGCAAGCCUUCAGCAAGAAGAAGUCUCCCAAGUCAGCUUCCUCACACUCAGACAUUGAGGAGAUGACCGAUUCCUCCUUGCCCUCCUCCCCAAAACUGCCCCACAAUGGAACCACCUCAGGCCACAUGCUUAGGAGCACACACUCCAACACGCUUCUGUCAGAGUGUUUGGACAGUGAGGCGGAGACUGUGAUGCAGCUACGCAGUGAGCUCAGGGAGAAGGAGAUGAAGUUAACAGACAUCAGACUGGAGGCUCUAAGCUCUGCCCACCAGCUGGACCAGCUCAGAGAAGCCAUGAACCGCAUGCAGUCGGAGAUCGAGAAGCUGAAGGCAGAGAAUGACCGCCUGAAGCUGGAGAGCCAUGGAGGCAGCAGGGCUGGAUCCCAGGUCUCCAUCUCCUCUUCCCCUCCCCACCGCACACACACCCAGACCCCGGGUCCCGGGCCUGGCCUCUCCCAGCACAGCCUCAACCUCACCACCAGCGAGUCGACCAGCCUGGACAUGUUGCUCGAUGACACCAGCGGAGAAGGGGGGCUGAGGAAGGAGGGACGACAUGUCAAAAUAGUUGUCAGCCUGGAUGGAGACAGCAAGUUGGGGGAGGGGGGUCAGUAUCGGGACUUCCUGAUUGGCUGCAUAGGUGUGAGUGGGAAAACCAAAUGGGAUGUCCUGGAUGGAGUGGUCCGACGGCUUUUCAAGGAGUACAUCACCCAUGUGGACCCCAUGACCCAACUUGGCCUCACCUCAGACAGUGUCGAAGGCUACAACAUUGGUGAUAUCCAUCGCCAUAGCAACCCCAGCUCUGCCCACACCCCUGAGCUGCUGCCGUGCGGGUACCUGGUGGGAGACAGCAACACCAUCAACAUCCGCCUCAAAGGUGUGGGCAGUGAAAGCGUGGACUCUCUGGUGUUUGACACCCUGAUCCCCAAACCCAUGCUUCAGCGCUACAUCUCUCUACUAAAGGAGCACAGGCGGGUUAUCUUGUCUGGACCUAGUGGGACAGGAAAGACCUACCUGGCCAAUCAGCUCUCUCAACAUCUUCUGCUGCAGGAGGGGCGACCCCUGACCCCGCACUCUAUUGUCACAUUCAACGUAGACCACAAGUCGAGCAAGGAGUUGCGUCAGUACUUGUCUGGCCUGGCAGAGCAGUGCAGUGGUGAAUCAGGUGCAGAGAGCCCACUAGUGGUCAUUUUAGACAACCUGCACCAUGUCAGUUCUCUGGGAGAGAUUUUCAAUGGCCUCUUUAACUGCAAAUACCAACGCUGCCCCUACAUCAUUGGUACUAUGAGCCAAGCCACAUCUUCUGCUCCAAACCUCCAACUUCACCAUAACUUCAGGUGGGUUUUGUGUGCCAAUCACAUGGAACCUGUGAAAGGUUUCCUGGGUCGCUAUUUGAGGAGAAAGUUGAUCGAGAUGGAGAUAGGCAGUCGAACACGCAACAUAGAGCUGGUGAAGAUCAUCGACUGGGUCCCACGCGUUUGGCACCACCUCAACCGUUUCUUGGAGGCACAUAGCUCUUCAGAUGUCACCAUCGGGCCUCGCCUCUUCCUGUCUUGUCCCAUGGACGUGGAGGGCUCCAGGGUUUGGUUCACUGACCUCUGGAACUACUCCAUCAUCCCAUACAUGUUGGAAGCUGUCAGGGAAGGACUGCAGCUUUAUGGUCGCAGGGCAGCAUGGGAAGACCCUGCCCACUGGGUGAUUGACACCUAUCCAUGGUCAGCCACUCCCACUCAAGCCGAUUGGCCCCCAUUGCUGCAGCUCCGUCCAGAGGAUGUAGGUUUCGAUGGUUACUCUGCCCCCAGAGAAGGGAUCAGGAAGGAACCCACACAGAGUGACAGUGAUGCAGAUCCACUGAUGAACAUGCUAAUGAGGCUGAAGGAAGCAGCAACUUCCUCCAGCCCACAGAGCUAUGACAGUGACUCCAAUAGCAACAGUCACCAGGACGACAUCCUGGACUCAUCACUGGAGUCAACCUUGUGAUGUCAUCAAAUUUCUUGAACGUUUUGGAUCCUCUUCCUUUCCCAUGUGGUCGACGACUUCUCCUCGAGAUUUUGAUUUCAUGCCCCAUAAAUAGAGCCACCUUAACUUGGGUGCAGGUAACCCAAUAUUAAACAAAGGAGAAAACUGCAUUUCAGAAAAUGGGCAACAAUAGUUUCAGUUCAACCGGUCUAUUAUUUUUCACCGCAGUGGCCAUUGGAUCCUCUGUUAGGGGUCCUGUUGUCAUCAUGUACUUCAAAUACAGCACAAUGAAAACAUGCUGCACAUGAGGCAUUACCAUAACUGAUCAUUUUCUUCGUACACCAGCCAGAAGUCCACUGCCUCCAUCGUUUUGUCUGUUCUGAGCCGAAACAUGCA